CAUGGCUACCAGACGCGGACAGUUCAGAAACGUAACGUUAGCACAGUUUUUCUUUGAUAUGGCUACAAAAAGGGAAAGCAGACGCUAUUUAUUCAGCUAAUCAUUGGAGUUUGCAUAUUGGCUGUUGUCUAUUUUGUAUCCUGAGGUUGACUCCGCGGCCUGUAUGCAAAAACGCUGUUAAACAAACGUGGCUCUUGACGCUACCUGGCCUCAACUUCCUAGCAAAUAUAAAUUAUCAGUAUCUGACUCACAGGGGUCAAGACCAGUGAAACAAAUGGCGGCACCGAAAGCAGUUACUUCCAGAGUGCGGGCAGUGAGGACGUCCAAAAGGGCUGACAAAUCAUCUCCAGCGUCCACUGUGAACUUUAUGGAAAGACUGCCAUCUGAGAUCCUGAUUAAGAUUCUGUCAUACCUGGAUGCCUCUGCUCUUUUCAGCCUCAGCCACGUCAACAAGCUCUUCUAUCAGCUUGCCAAUGAUAAUGCUCUGUGGAACAAGAUAUACAUGGCAAAAUUUGGCAAGAAUAAAAAGCGGAAACCUAAGUGCCAGGACGAGCUGCUGCUAAAGAUGGCCACAGUGGAAGUGAAGGACCAGGCUGCGGGCUACUGGAAGUGGCUGCACUUCAAGACUGUAGCCGCAUGUGACAUGAACAAGUGGAAAAGACAUCUAGGACUCAUCAGCUGUCACACCGGGCUUCCCAGCCAAACGGAGCGGGUCCUCAGAAACUUGCACAUCACCUGGGAGCUGACAGUCUCUGAUAAGUCGAGGCGUGAGAGCACAUAUGAGCCAAGCUGGUCCCAGUUCUGUGAGACUUCUGUGACUCUGUGCUGGAGUGGAGGAGGCUGCAUGCCCAACUACCAGCAGAUUUCCACCCUUCAACUCCACGGUGUCAGGAGGAUAGCCCUCAACUGCCCCAGCCUGAAGAAACCUGGCUGGAGGUCCCUCAUGGCGACGGUAGAGGUGCAGGCUCUAACUGAAAGCGCGCAGGUCGUUGGCCAGGACACACUGGUUGUACUGAAGCGGCUGCAGCCUGGUGUCAUCAUCGGCAUCUGGAGGGACCAGUGUUCUGUUGCCUUUGUCAUGUUCACCCUCCACUUCCACAGGCUGCUGGAAAGAAGCAUUCAGGGAUCUUCUCUUUGCCCCGACGUGGAGCCAUUGAUCAAACCCCCCUCUGAUGACAUAGACCCUGAAUAUGGUCUCCAUGGUUACCAACUACACAUUGUUCUUCACAGCACUGUAUGCGAAAUCAUGUCCGGAAGCUUCUCACAGCUCUUCUGCCGGAGAACUCAGAUCUGUGAUGGCCUGAUCCAGCUGACUGCCAUUAACAGGACAAUCUUGUCUCAGCACACACCCUUGUCAGGUAGAAUCACCCUUCCCUGGAGGUGUGAGGCCCUGCAGGGCACAGUAGAGAAUUGCUGCAUCAUGAGUCUGACCUUACUGGACGAGUUCAAGAAACCUUUCUGGUGUGUCAGCUCUCCUGUUUCCAUGGAGCUGGAGAAGACGUCCAUCUCCUAUGACUAUGACGGUGAGCACUUCCUGAUCCACUACCAGGACUCAGAUGGGCAGAUGAAGAUGAAACUUGUAUGGAUGAAGGACCAGAAGCAGUUUGUCCUCAUCGGUUUAGUUGUUUAUGUGACUGUGGCUAAAGUCAACAAGCAUUUUAGUCGAGAUUACUGAACCUGCAGUAUUAUAAGGUUUCUUAUCAUUACACUUGGAUACUAUGACUUUGCUUGAAAUUUUUUUUAUUAAACAUAUAUCUGUAUAUGA